AUGCCGCUGAGUCCGGAAGAGGCCAGGGAGGCCGCAAACAGGCUACACGACAUCGAACUUCUCCGCGCCGAGCGCGUCGUGUCGCACCAGGAGCACGAUGCAGCCCGCCCUCCGGCCACGGUGGCCGUCACGCCCCUGGAGACGACCUGGCUCGCCAAGCUCCGGCGGAGGCUCACGUUCCCCCGCAUCCUGCGCUACCUCGUCUACACCAUCCCGCCAGGCCUCCUCAUCCUGAUACCCGUGUUCCUGGCCUCUGUGCCUAUGGCUGCCAGGGGGACCCGGUUGGAGGCCCCGGCGGCUGUCACCUCCAUCAUGCCCCCUGUUGUUACCUUCGCUGCCGACACGGUAGGGCUCUGUGAGACACAAAAAGGGGAAGGACGUUGGUCGCCAGCUCGAGUUCCCCACCGCUUUUUGUUCUGGCUGCUGGCGGUCUUUGUAUCCUACCAUCCCAUCCUGGGCAGCCAUCGCGUCCUCGGCGACCACAAAAGCACCGACAACAGCCGCUCUAUCCAGUAG